GAGCAAGCAUGGCCUCGGAGCGGAGCAAGAGGAUGAUACACACGGCGGCGUGUCUCAUCAUUGGUGACGAAGUAUUGGGUGGUAAAACCGUCGACACCAACUCCGCAUGGUUCGCCAAGUACUGCUUCUCCCUCGGCAUCAAUCUGCGGCGUGUGGAGGUCAUUGCGGACGACGAGGGCGAAAUCGUCGAGGCCGUGAGACGAAUGAGCAGCAACUAUGACUUUGUCGUGACAAGCGGAGGCAUUGGACCGACACACGACGAUAUCACAUACCAAUCUAUUGCCCGCGCCUUCGACCUACCCCUAAUCCUGCACGAACCGGCUUUGGAGAAGAUGAAGCGUCUGUCGAAACCACAUCCAAGCCAGGUGAACUUUUCGUGGGACGAAGACACGCCGGCGCGGAGAGCGAAGCUACGGAUGAUCGAGCUGCCAUACGACAAGAAUCUUCCAGAUGAGGACCAGGUCAUUUUUGCCGCUGAAGAUCUAUGGGUGCCCAUCAAUGUCGUCAACGGCAAUAUUCACAUCCUACCCGGCAUUCCGCGGCUGUUCGAGAAGAUGCUGACAGGCUUAAAGCCGCGGUUAGUGCCUCGGCUGACGGAUCCAGAGGGUAAGGGCGUAUGCAGGAUUCUGUUCAGCACGCCGCUUGCCGAGAGCGAAGUGGCAGAGUACCUGACUCAGUUGGCGGGCAAGGUGAAAGACAAGGCUGUCUCGGUCGGGAGCUACCCCAGGUGGGGAAAGAGCAGGAAUACUGUGACAUUGGUGGGUAGGGACAAAGAGUUCAUGGAGUCUCUCGUGCCGGAGGUCGAGCAGAACGUUAAAGGAAGGAGGGUAACCGUCGAAGGGGAGGACGAUGAUGAGGGCAGUGAUAAGGACACAUAACUCGAUUAUAUGAACCCGACAGAAACCCUUCUGAGCCGCAGCACCUUCAGUCCAUUCUACUAACAUGCAUGUUGCGAGGUAACUGGCACGGCAUUCCACACUCACUUACUUAAUAUACGCUAUCGAGUGGCCGAUGGCUCCCGUCCCAAGGGAUCGUUGCAGGGAAGACUGUACAAUUUCGUAGGUUCUGCGGUUAUUCACGAGCUCAUACAUCCGGCA